GGGGGCUGAUCUGGGCCUUCAGAUGAACAUCUCACUGACUAGGCAGCACAAACUGGAUCUGCAAUGUCCCAUCGCCUCCAUCCUCAAGGUGGCGGAAUAUGCGGCUGGAUUUCCCUGCGACCGCUUAAAGGCCUUCGUCAGAGUCACCAAUGCGCUGAAAGAUGAUGGUGAGGCAAAUGCAGAGCAAGAGAUUGACAAGGAUGAUGGCCCGAAUGAAGCAGAAGAGGAACCUGACGAAGAGGCAGACGCGGUUGGCGGCGGUGCCACAUCCUCGCGGCCCUCCAAGCGGCGACGUCAGGCGGAGGUGCUCCCGGAGAUGAAGGACGUGACGGGCGCUGUGCGCUUCUCCCUCCUCUCUUGCGCUGCUAUAGCUGAGGUUCCUGCAACUCCACCCCGGUUCCUCCUGCCACUCCAUCACAAUCAACGGAGGACGGUUUUCUGGAUGGCCAGUCGAGAGGGUGUGGCCAUCAGCGGAGCUGCCCAAAACGACACGGCCUUUCACGGCUUCGUGUCCGUGCAGCGCUUGAGUCGACAGAUGGGGAAAUCGGAUGUCAGCGUGCAACUGAAGGUGGAACGCUUGUUCGCUGAUGCGAAGGGAGGACUCCUGGCAGAUGCCGUGGGCUAUGGGAAGACGGCCUCAGUCUUGGCAUUGAUUGCCUUGACGCCUUCGCCGCCCAUGCCAUUCCCCAGCAUACACCAGAAACUUCUGCGCUCCAGGGCAACGUUGGUGAUGCUGCCACCGAAUCUGUUUGAUCAGUGGCAGGGCGAGAUCAAGAAGUUCCUGUCUCCUGAAAUCAAGACGGUGGCCAUCGCCUCGCUGUCGACCUUGAAGCAAUGCACCGUACGGCAGCUGCGCACGGCCGACAUCGUCUUGGUGAGCUUGCGUCUGUUGAGCUCCGUGAAGUAUCAGGAGCAUUUGGAUGCCGCGGCUGGGUUGGAGGGUCCCACGGAUGUGGUGAUUCCUGCAUCCAAAGUGUACGAGGAAGCCCGGAAGAAGUGGUGCCAGAAGAAACAAUACAUCGAGGCGCUCCAUCGCAUGUGGGGCAACUUGGAGAACAAUCCGCGCUUCCGGGAGGUUGGAGUGCCAAGCCUGGGGCCUGAGCCAAAGCUCAAAGACUUCAGCGACAAGAAGACCAAGAAGUCUCCGGAGGUGACCUCGGAGCGGCUGAUCCGGCGCCGCUGGCGCUUGCGCCAGCGGACGGAGGCCUUGCUGCGCCAGGAACCUUCCAACAUCGACGACCUCACAAUGCCACCCUUGGAGAUGUUCUAUUGGCGCCGUUUGGUGGUGGACGAGCUGCAUGAGCCUCUGCGGGCCUUGCGAGAUGUGGCGGGUCUCCGAGACAAGAAGCUGACCGCCGACACACGGAUCCUGUUCCACAACUUCGAAGCCCUGGAAGCUGAAAGCCGCUGGGGCUUGACCGCUACGCCGCCCUUGAGCUCCGCGGCGGAAGUCUCAUUCUUAGCACGCUUCCAUCGGGUGUUCGUGCCCCGCGACAGUGACUUGGAAGCCCAGCACUACCUGGACGAGUACGUCCGUUCCGAUGACCUUGAUGUGUCCUCCAUCCCCAUCGAAUAUCACCUCAUCGCUGUGCGCCAUACAGGCGGUGAGCGUGCCCUGUACUUGAACGCUGCCUCGGUAGACGAACCUCACCGCGCGGCUUUGCUGCAGAUUUGCAAUUUCUUCUCUCCAGAUGAUCGUGACGAUGACAUGGCCUCAGCGAUCAACACCACGCGUUCGGACAAUGAGCUCGAGUUGGCUAAGCACCGUACCGAGAUGGAAGAGACCCAGGAGAAGAUCAAGAGGUUUGAAAGAGAGGAAGCCUUGGGUUGGCCCGAUGCCAAGAACGAAGAUGAGGCCAAGAAGCGAAAAGAGAAGUUGAGGCGACUGCAGCAUUCCGUGCCCGUCCAAAAGCAGAAAGAACGGCGCUUAGAGAGCCGCAAUCGGUACUUUGAGGAAGUGCUGAAAGAGCUGAAGAAGCUCGAGCAGGACAGCGUGGAUUGCCCCAUUUGCAUGACCAGCAUGGAGCCAGAAGAUUGCAGCGUCACUGGCUGUGGUCAUCUCUUUUGCAGAGAUUGCAUUACCAGCUGGGUCUCUGAGAAGGGCAAAUGCCCCACUUGCAACCACGCCCUUCGUUGGCCCGGUGGGGUGGCCGCGGCCCGUGAAGUGCUGUCCCGAAACCAGGAAGCCGCUGCUCAGGGCCGCAUCUCGCGCUUUGGGUCCAAGCUGGAGGCUGUUUGUAGCCAACUGCAGCAGAUUUGGAGACAAGAAGACAGUGCAAAGGUCAUCAUUUUCGUCCAGUUUGAGGUAUUGCUCGGGAAGAUGAAAGGCGCUCUUUCCUCCAUGGGCAUGUCCUGCCUCACCUUACACGGCUCGGUCUUCGAGCGGCGCCGUGUCAUCCGGCAGUUCCACGCCGAGGGGCGUGAGAAUCGCAUCUUACUGCUUUCGUUGGAACGCAGUCCAGCUGGAAUGAACCUCGUGUGCUGCCAUCACCUCAUCCUGGUGCAUCCUAUGCUGGCCGAAAGCAAGGAAGCGGCCCUCAGCUUCGAGCGACAGGCCAUCGGACGGGUGCGGCGGCAAGGACAGAAGGAACAAGUACAUGUGUACCGCUUCUUUGUGCGUGAUACCAUGGAGGAGGAGAUGGUCCGGUCGCAUCAUCGGCAGCUCUUGGACCAGAAAGAGCCCGAGGAGGUGAUCUGAAGGGCUGCGUGCCGUAAAUACCCUCAGGCCACACUGGUGGCCUUUGCAGCUGGUUUGACUGAAAGAAACAUGAGGUAG